AUGCCUCAAACGGAUUGGCUGCUGGAGCAUCAGAGACGACUUAAGACUGCCUAUGCCAUCGUUAACCAGAGUACUGAGCAGGGGCAGAGGCGACAAGCUGUUGAUUAUAGCCACCAUGCACAGGCCGAAUCCCUUACAGUUGAAGAGCUGGUGUGGAAGAAGCAAAAUCAUCACAGUUAUAUGUCACUGGAUACAGAGCACGAUUUUAUUACUGGCUUCAUUGACCUAUACCGACAGCAUGAAUGCCUGUGGCUAGUUAUAUGCAGAGAUUAUGUCAAGAAGGUGAAGUGCACCCAGGUAUAUGAGGAGAUUGCUGUAUACAUGACGUGGCAUCCGUCCUCUGGGUGUACAAAAAGAUUCAAAUUCUCUGGACUGUUCCAGAAGGAACAUAAGAAAAUAAAAGAAGCAGGGAAGGAGGACAUCUACUACACAAACUUCUGGUACUACGACCAGCUCAUGUUUCUCGUCCAUCAGGAACCGGUCCAGAGAUCGUUUGCAGUCAUGGCCGAGAGUGAGGAGGUCGGUGCCGGGGAAGAGGAUAUUGUUGAAUCGCCUAAUGCCUCUUCAACACCUAUCAUCCCCAGCCCUCCUGAACUGAGUCCCUCAAUGAUUCAAACCAUCCCCCUGCCCAAGAGGCAGCACCAGAAAAAGACAAACACACAAGAGGAGGACCCACAGCUUAUACAAGCAAGGUCUGCUUUACUAAAGACCUCCGAUGAAAGUGAUUCUUUUGGCUAACAUGUCAGCAAAGCUCAUAGAGCCAUGGACAGUCAACAUAAGUUGCUAUUUGAGAGACUCACAUCGGAGCUUAUUUUUAAAGGGUGCAACUGUCUUGAGACAAACAUCACAUCUGGACCCGCUGUUCCACACCCAGCUCCACUACUAGCCCACCUCCCCCCUACUAUUACACUCAAGCAUACCCCCAGACGUAAUUACCACCAAUGCCCGACUACACACCCACCUCUUAACAACCAGCUCCCCCACCAGAACCCUCCUACCAACCUGCUCCCCCACCGACAUGCUCCAACACCCACCCCCUCCUACCAACCUGGUUUACAAACAACCUUCUCCUAUCAAAGUGCUCCCCCCAACCGCGUCCACAGCGCC